UAUAAAUACUCGCCGACUGACAGCAGGAGAGCAUACCUCACCUGCCAUCCUUGCCUCGAACAUUCGGUUAUUCGUCGCUACUUUGGUUCGAAAAUGAAGCUUCUCUUGGUAGGACUGAUGCUCCUUCAGGCAGCAGGCGUCCUCAGCAUCCCCCAGGGCUACGAAUACGGCCCCCCCACAGACUCCUAUCUCACCCCCAACCCGCCUAAGCCGCGUAAGCCACUGGACUUAAUGCCGUACGACUUCACGUGGGGCGUCGAGGACGGCGACAGCGGCAACACCUUCACCCACGUCGAGAACAGCGACGGCGAGACGAUGCAGGGCGAGUACCGGGUUCUCCUUCCCGACGGUCGAACGCAGGUUGUCAGCUUCCACGACUUCGGCGGCGGGUUCGAGGCUCAAGUGACUUACGAGAAAUAGAAUCUUGGACUCAGUGUGAAGAUUCUCCCCCCACGACCGUCUCAAACAUAUGAUAUGCGUGUAUUUAACUUAUUGAAUUAUGUAAAGGGCCAUAAGUAGACAAUAAAGAUCACAGAAAUUCA